AUGGAAGCGGACGGAUUCGUGUCCCGGCGAACGUCCAUGGAGGCACCGGGCGUGGACAGCCGGGUCGCAGGCGCUGCAGCCGGGGCAGAGCUCCGAUGGCUGGGCGGCAGGCUCCUGGACGGGACAGGGGGCUUCGUGGGGUCUCUGUCAGGGGAACAGGACUUUACCCCUGUGCACUACCGAGCCCCCACGGAGACCUCGACCUCUGUGGAGACUGAAAUAGACUAUGAAGGGCUUCCACAGGGAGUCGCCACCAGCACACACAUGCUGGCAGGAGCCGUGGCUGGCAUCAUGGAGCACUGCCUUAUGUAUCCCAUCGACUGUGUCAAGACUCGAAUGCAGAGCCUCCACCCCGAGCCCGGAGCGCGCUACAGGAACGUGAUGGACGCCCUGCGGCAGAUUGUACGUAACGAGGGUUUCUGGCGGCCGAUCCGAGGCGUGAAUGUUCUGGCGGUGGGGGCGGGGCCUGCCCACGCUCUCUACUUCGCCUGCUAUGAGAAGAUCAAGUUUUCACUCAGCGACGCCAUUCACCCGGGGGCGAACAGCCACAUCGCAAACGGAGUCGCCGGCUGCAUGGCGACAGUUCUGCACGACGCCGCGAUGAACCCGGCUGAAGUUGUGAAGCAGCGUAUGCAGAUGUUCAACUCCCCUUACCGCGGCGUCCUCGACUGUAUGGGAUCUCUGUUCAGGCAGGAGGGCACGGCUGCCUUCUACCGCAGCUACACCACUCAGCUGACCAUGAACGUGCCCUUCCAGGCGCUCCACUUCAUGACCUACGAGUACCUCCAGGAGCUCCUGAACCCCCACAGACAGUACAACCCUUCAUCUCACAUGGUGUCAGGCGCGCUGGCCGGAGCCGUCGCCGCCGCCGCCACCACUCCCCUCGACGUCUGCAAGACCCUCCUCAACACGCAGGAGGCUCAGGCCAUCCACCUGAUCCAAGCGGAGACGGCAGCCGGGGCGGUCGGAGCUGCCACGGCUUCCGGCUCCGGCGGCCGCCACAUCUCGGGCCUGGGCGAGGCGUUUAGGACAGUGUACAGGAUGGGAGGCACGCCGGCUUUCUUCAAGGGAGUCCAGGCCCGCAUCAUCUACCAGAUGCCGUCCACCGCCAUCAGCUGGUCCGUGUACGAGUUCUUCAAGUACAUCAUCACGAAGCGGCAGCACGAGAGGCGGCUGCGUGGAGACCGCGACGCAGACAAAUGAUAACCCCCUGAAAGGAAGUUCGGUUCUGUCAAAACAAAGAGUUAUUGUUGCACCGUGCCGAUCGCUGGUGUCAGGACGGAGGGAGGAGAAACCAGAGUUUUAGAUUCAUGGAGGGAAGUCGAAGUUUAAUGUUUACUCAGACGAGUUCUCCCCCGGUGAGUGUAGUUCAUAGCAGAUCAGAAACAAACGACGGUUAGAAGACGUUGGGUUACACGCUUUCACAUCACAGAGAGUCCUGGUUUCCCCAAACUCACACGUUACGUCCUCGUGAUUUAUCUGCAUCUCAUGCUAACGUUCGACGUGACAAACUUCUAUUAGCUUUCAAAAAGCACGUUAUUUAUUGACUCGGACUCAGUCAAGCUGGAUUCGGCCGUUAGAUCAAAGAAUAAUCACCUCUCCCUCUCAGACGAUCACAGAGAAGUUUAAAGAUGGUUCAGUUUCAGCGCUGAAGUCCAGUUCGUUGAUUUGAACGCUGAGGCUGAAAGUGAUGAUUUGGAGCUUUUAUUUUGAAGGCGUUAAGAUGCCUCAAAACCUGAAGGCUCAAAGUCAACACCAAAACAAAAAUAUCUCUCUUUCCAGAAUGGCUCUGAAGGCCAAAUUCCACCAGAUCCGUGUCACAGCUCCAGAUCUGAUAGGUUUCUAUUCUAGCCAAUGUGUUAACUUCCACUGGAUCCACUCCGUUGCAUUCCAGCUGUGUCUCUGAUCCGGCAGGUUGGAACCCUCCGGAUCAGAUACGCAAGACUUCUAUUGUUGCCGGAUGCCGGAGCACGACGCAUCAAUCUCAACAGAGCAGAUGGAGCGGGACAGGAAGUCAGGUUUCACCAAAACAAAAUGAAAACAUCAGGUUAAUUUUCAGAAUAAAACACUGCUCCGUGCUGCGUUCCAAAAUCAAAACCAGUAGGUGAUGACGGGCGAGAGAGCACGGAGCCGGACCGCAGUGGAACGGACACGAAUCUGGUGGAAGUCCCUUGUUAGUAAUCACCUCUCUCUUUACUGGACAUGUUGCACUUCUGGAAAGUAUUACCUCCUGACCACCAGGGGGCGCACAUCUAGAGAAACUUCAUAUAUUAGUUAGUUAGCUGGUUUACUAAUGUUAAACUCAGACAGACGAAGAAUAGAACCCUGAUGAUAGUUCUGACAGGGAACUAGAAACUCCUCUGGAAACACGACGCCUCUAAACAUUCAUCAUUAUUAGAACGACAGACGAUAAUGAUGCUCCAGUCCUUGAGUGAACAGGUGUGUGUGUGUGUGUGAGUGUGUGUGUGUUACAGUGACUGGAUGAGUGGAUAUUCAGCUCUGACCAGAUCUGAUCUCAGCACCCUGAAAGCACCGCCCACCUCAUCAGCGUCAUGGAGCCUCCUGUGUUACUUUACAGCUUGCAUGUGUAUCAGGUACAAGAAGACACACACCUUCACGGGGGUUGGUGACCCGCCUUCUCUUUGCUGCAUGGAUUUCUGCAAAAAUUGAAAACCUCUCUGCAGUUUAAACAUUUGAGCACACCCCUCAAAACUUUCCAGUCUUAACUUGAUAGAAAUUACAUUUUUAGAAGCUUCUUCUAGCUUGUAGAAAUGCCAAACUUCUCAUACGACAGAUAAAAAUGUACAGUGAGGGUUUUGUUACCAUAAAAAAGGUGCAUUUCGUCCAGGAGUUCCAAGGUCUUUUAGCCCCCAGAACUACUUCACCCUGAACUAAAAGGUUCCUGUGAUCUGCCGGUGUUCUGGUUUAAUCAUCGACCCUGUUAACUGGAGACUCUCAGCCGGAUGCAUCCCUCAUAAACGUCUUUAGGCGAUCAUUGAAUAUCUGAUGAGGAUAUUUUGAAAUCUUAAUAAAAACUAAACUAGUUUGUCUAUGUAAACUCCACAAACACUGACACGUUCAGCUGAAGGUCUCCAGUUUACAGGGUCACUUUUAGAACCGUAACACCGAGAGACGCAUUCACGGUGGGCUGAGAGAAGACUACUGUUACAAGCUGCUAAAUCAAGAGAAUCACAGCUUCUUCUUUUGAAAAGUACACACACAUACAAAAAAGAUAGAACAAAUAAAAACUAAUGAAGAGAAAGAGAAAUCAAGAGAAUCACAGAUGGAAAAAACAAUGACUUGGAAUGGUUUUUGGAAAAUUGAAGGAAAAGAAAAGAAAACAGAUUAAAAAAAUUGAAAAAUUUUUUUUGAAGAAAAACAAUUUUGAAUUUUUUUUUGAACAAAUUUGACAAAAAUAAUGUUGACAAAAAUUUUUUGACAAAAAAUGUUUUGACAAAAAAAUUGUCAAAACAUUUUUGACAACAUUUUUUGACAAAAAAAGUUUUGACAAAAUUUUUUUUGACAUUUUUUGACAAAAUUUUUUUUGACUUUUUUUGACAAAAAAUGUUAUGACAAUUUUUUUGACAAAAAAUGUUAUGACAAUUUUUUUUGACAAAAAAUGUUAUGACAAUUUUUUUUGACAAAAAAUGUUAUGACAAUUUUUUUUGACCAUUUUUUUUUUUUUGACAAAAAAUACAAUUUGACAAAAAAAAUGGACAAAAAAGUUGACCUGUCGAAUUUUUUUUUUUUUUCCUCAAACCUGAAAUUGAGCUCCAAAAGCAGAAAAAUAUGAAAAAAAGUGAAAAUGUUGUGCCUGCGGUUAAAAACAUGGAAAAAGCAAUGAACGAUCAACACAAACACUGACACGUUCAGCUGAAGGUCUCCAGUUUACAGGGUCACUUUUUAAACCGGAACACCGGGAGUAGAGACGCAUUCACGGUGGGCUGAGAGAAGACUACUGUUACAAGCUGCUAAAUCAAGAGAAUCACAGCUUCUUCUUUUGAAAAGUACACACACAUACAAAAAAUAGGGGCUUUUUAGGGGGAGAUUAUCUACCCCUGAACUAAAUUUAGACCCUGGGUCUACCGGUUGAAAUGCACGUAGUUCCAGGGUAAAGUUCCUCUGGUCGAAAAACAUUUGUGGCAUCAGGCUUUGUGAAAACCACUUCCUGUAGAUUUGGAAGACACAUGCAUGAAACACUUUCCCUCAAGCAGCUUUGAAAUCCUUCAUCAAAGCGUGGUGACAGAAGUGAAAUCCAUGUGCAAAGACGAGGCUCUGCAGCAUCACAGCUGUCUGUAACGUAAGGGGACGCGUCACGCACAGGUGGAGGUGGGCCGUGUGUUUCUGGAUGUAACGACAGUCUUCCUUGUGCUGGUUUGCACGAGACGAGGUGAGAUUUGAAGUAGUUUCUCCAGACCUUCCUGGAGGCUGCAGGUGGAUUCUGGUCAGAGCUGGUUGAGUGGAUUAUUGUUCUGAAAGAUCUUGUACGCCAUGAAGAAGACGCCUCAAACAGCUCAUAGAUAAAAGGCAAAAUCCAACAAACCAAGACGUCACCCUUCAUAUAGAAAGGUUUUUCUUCUUCUAUGGUGUAUAAGACAAGUUUUAGAACAUCAUCACCUUUAGUCUUUUAAAAGCAUCCAAGCACUUAAAGCGACUUUUUUUUACUCAUUGUAAGGACAAAUAACUUCUACACAUGCCGCCAUUCAUCCCACGCACAACGACCACAAAGAGACCCUCAGUUAGAGACCAUGUGAUCUAAAGCCAUACAAGAGGAAGAAAAUGUACAUAAGAAAUAUAUAUUAACUAUAUCUAUAAUUAUGGACGGAUUAAGAUGAGCCCAAACUUUAAAAAGUUUGAUUAUGGGGAACAAGGAGACGACAGAAAACCUAGAUUCAGGUAGGAGGAGUGUUCCUCGUGUAUGUGAAGCCAAGUUUGAUGAUUGGGAAACCAAAGAGUGAAAGAGUAAGAUUAAUAGGAGGAGGAGGAGUUUGUCAGAUGACACUGAUGUGAUAUGCUUGAACACUUGAGAGCGACACCUGUAUUUUGUGAAUUGUAAAUAAAUUUCGCUAAGGCAGCUACCUCGCAGAAGCAGGGUCUUCUCUUGGUGCUGGCUCUCGAAGCGCUGAGAGAAAUUCAAA